AUGAAAUAUGACAUCCAGCUGAUCGUACCUUCUGAACCGUUCCUCGGGUUGAAACUAUGUGAAAAUUUGAUCAACGAUACUUGUUGUCCACAACUAUAUGAAGAUCAAAUACAGAAUGCCACAGCCAUUGAACUGUAUCAAUUGUUCGAAUUGUAUUCAAUUCGUUUAUAUGAACCUCUGCUUAGUCUAACAAAUCAAUUCAAUAAUACGAUUAGAAGAUUAAUUGAAUUAUCUCGUAAUGCAACAUACUUUCGUUUUCAAGAUGAAUAUCAUUCGUCAGUCGAAUCAUUUUUUAAUAGUUUAUUAACAGUAAAUUAUAAAAAUUAUCAGUACGAUAUUCAAAACCAUGUUGACGAUUUCUUCCGUCAAAUACUUCGGAUAUCGAUGGAAUCUGAUAGUGAGAAUCAAGCGAGAUUAUCAACAUAUCUCGUAUGUCUGUGGAGAAACCAUCCAUUUGGCAACCGGCCAAAUGUUAUUGCCAAACAGAUCGAAGCCAAUUUCGGAAAAUUAUUACAUUUGAAUGAACUGUUAAAGUUAAGUCUUGAACUUGUUCAAUUCAUGUCAAUGAGUGUGACUACUGAUAAUCAUUGUGUUGAUUCUUAUAUGCAGUUAACUUAUUGCAAUUUAUGUUCCGGACGAACCGAACUACCUUGUUUAUCCAGCUGUAUCCAUACGAUCGAAAGUUGUCUUGUAAAUAUUUCUUUAAUCAAUGAUUUAUGGAUGAACUUCAUUGAUUCAUUGGAUAGCAUCGAUUACUUUAAUGGAGUUGAAAAAGUUUUCUCAACUAUCAGCACAUCGAUCUUCGAUGCAGUAAUGACUUUUCUAAAGUCAGAUGGAAUUUUAAAUCAAGAUAUCAUUGAUCAAUGUGGAUCUGUACCAAUGAGAAAAGAAAUUUUUGAUCGUAAUCAAAAAUUCCAAGACGAACAUCAUACUUCGUUAUCUUUGCUUGAUGAGCAGCUGAUGUCUAUGAAGCAAUCAUUAAAAAUAUAUAGAUCAUUCUGGUUAGGUUUACCCGAAGAAAUUUGUCAGACAAAGGGAAUCUCAACUUCGAAUGAAAAUCUGUGUUGGACAGGCACAGCAAUUUCAAACGAGAAAAAACAACCGAUUAUUAAUAAUUAUGAUAAACCUUUAAAUUUGCGCUUACAAUGGAUAUUGAAAGAAAUACGAGAGAAAUCACAAACGCUUCGAAACAAAAAGGACUUGCCGUUGGAUAAUUUAACACUAACGAGUACGAAUAAGACGUUGGAGGAUGCGGUCAAAUUAAAUUUACCCGAUGAUUUAGACGAUUAUCCAAAUGAUGAUGAACUUCACUAUUCCGAUUAUGCAUACGAGGAUUCUCCGGAUGAAUCAACGUCAUCCACAACAAUUCGAAUGACGUCAACUGCUACUCUUGACGACGACACGCUAAUCGACGACAUGAAUACUGUUUCUUACUAUGAUUAUGCUGAACAAGAUCUCUACAGCGAUGAACAUGCCGAUGUUUCAUCUACUCGACCAGCUUCUUCAAACAAUUCGACAAUAGCAAAACCAAUUCCUUCGCAUCAUCAACGGCAGCCAAUUAUUUGGAAUAUCAACAUUGACAAAGAGACUUCUACUGAACGGUCAACUCCACAACCUAACAGUUGUAUUUCUCUCCAUCAUUUUUCUCUAUUCUUCUUCGUUCUACUAGUUAGUCUUCUAUUUCACCUUUGA